AUGGAAGAAGCAGUCGAUGAGUUUGGUAGACCUUUAAGACCAAAUAGAGAUUCAUCAUCCGAUAGUGAUAGCGAUAGAGAAUACGAUAGAUAUAGAAAGAGAAGAGAUAGAUAUUCACCAGAUAGAUAUCAAAGAGGUGGUAGAGACCAUUCACCUGAAAGAAGAAGAAGAUCUCCCUCACCAUCACAAGGUUAUAGAGGCAGAGGUAGAAAUAGAGGUGAUGAUAAUUGGGAUAAUUAUAGAAACAAUAGAAAUGGAUAUCCAGAUGAUAUAAAUGGGCAUCAAGGUCAUCAUGGACAUCAUGGACAUCAUUCAUCAAAUAGUAAUAAUAGUAGCAAUAAUAAUACUUCAUCAAUAACCCCAAGUGGUCAUUUAGCAUCACCAAAUAGCACACCCAGUGGUAAAGGUGCGCCAUCAUCAACAGCAUCAUCAACAUCAACACCAAAAAGACAAAAGAAAGGUGACAUUUUUGAAGGUGGAUAUUUUAGAUCAUAUAAACAAUUUUUAGAUUAUCAAGAUGAUCAAAUUACAGCAGCAGACGCUGAUAAAAAAUAUGAAGAGUAUAAAGUGGAAUAUUCAAAAAGACAGUCAAGAGUAUUUUUUAAAGAACAUCAAAAUGAAGAAUGGUUUAAAGAAAAAUAUGAUCCAGUUUUUUUAGCAAAAAAAAGAAAAGAAAAAGUUGAAAAAUCAAAAUCUUUGGUAUCAACAUUUUCAUUAAAUUUAAAUGAUGAAAAUCAUAAAUUUUCAUUAGAAUCAAAAGAUAAUAUUAAAGAAGGUGAUAAAUUAGAUUUAGAUGGUUUAGAUAUGCACCACCACGAACCAACAGAAAAUACAAAUAAUUCAAAUAAUACAAAUAGUACAGAAAAGACUGAAGAAGAUCAAAAUGAAGAAACUAAAAUGGAGGAAGAUGAUAAAAAUGAAAAAUCAAUAGCAUCCAACAAUAAUAACGCAACCACACCAACAAUAACAUCAUUAACUAAAUCUUCAAUAAAUGCAGCUUCAAAUAUUAAUGAUAAAGAUAAAUCAACAUUAUUUAUUAAAGCCGUUUCACCAGCUUGUACAAAAGAUGAACUAUUAGAAGUUUUAAAUAAAGUUGCACCAGCAGGAGAACAAAGUGUUGUAACAAAACUUACCUUAAGCGAACCUGUUAGAUAUAAGAAUUUUUACCGUUUAGGAUGGGUUACAUAUAAAAAUUGUGAUUUGGCAGCAAAAGCAUUAAAAGAAUUAAAUGGUUAUAAAAUGAAAGAUUUUGAUUUAUAUUUAAAUAUUAAUAAACCAUCCGAAGAUGCAGAAAGAAGAUUUAAGAUUACACCACAUAUAGCAUCAACAGAAAAUAGAAUUUAUAUUGAUUUGGAACAAUCAACCACAUUAAUGAGAUUAUUCGAUCAAAAUAAAGGAAUUACCAAUAAUCCUAUUGAAUCAUUCGAAAAAUGGAACCAGUUAACCAGUAUUGAAAAGUUGGAUAGAACUAUAUUAUAUUUAAGAUAUGUUCAUUUUUAUUGUUAUUAUUGCUCAGAAGAAUUUUCGGAUGAAUGUGAAACUAUUAGAAAAUGUGGUACAAUUCAUUUAAGAAGAUCACCAGGUGAAACAACAUCAAUUUCAAUUGAAAAAAAGGAAGAGCCAACCACCACAACCACUACAACCACUUCAACUACCAACGAUGAACAGAUGGAAACAGAAAAUAAUAAAUCAACUGAACAAAUAGAAAAAAUUAAAAAGAAUAGUGAAGAUGAAAAUAAUAAUUUAGAUAAUAUAGAUAAUAGUAAUAAUAUAGAUGAAAAUAAUAAAGAAAAUGAUGAAGAGAAUAAAGAAGAAAAUAUGAAUAUAGAAGAAAGUAAAGAUGAAUUAAAAUUAAGUUCAAAUAAUAAUAUAACUUCAACUGAGUCUGUAGAUAAUAAACCAAAAUUAACAACAGAAUCAGAACAACUAUGGGUAACAUCAUUAGAUAAUAAUACAAAGAACAAAAUCGCCAGAAUUCCAACUAGCAACGAACAAUAUUUAUGUAAAGAGGCCAUUGAAAAAGCAGCUGAAGACUAUAUCAACAAUAAUACAAUAAAGAUUGAGGAAGAAAAAUAUAAAUGUAAUCUUUGCUCAAAAUUAUUUAAAGGAGCAGAAUACGUAAAGAAACAUAUAAAUCUCAAACAUCCAGAGGAGCUUAAAAACGAAUCUGAAACUAAAGGUACCGAAGAACAAUUCUUUUUAAAUUAUUUCUCUGAUCCACGUCGUAUCACACCACUACCACCACCACAACAACAACCACCUAAUGCAAUGUAUGCUGGAUUUGGCGGUGGCGCAGGUAGAGGCUUACCACCAGGUAUUGCAGGUCAACCAAGAGCUCGUUUUAAUCCAACAAUAGGUCAAUGGGAACCAAUUUUCCAACCAAUUGGUAUUCUUCCACCAGGAAUGUUACCAAAUCAACCAAUGGUACAAUUAAUGUCACCAGUUUUCGCCUCACCCAAUGGAAUUCGUGGUAGAGGUCCAAAUGGUGUUCCACCACACGGUAUAGUUCCAAUGAGAAGAAGCUAUGGUGGAUCAACUGUUAGUGGCGCUGGUGGUAAUCUCUCUCCAAAUCCAAGAGGUGGCUAUUCAAAUGAUCAACCUUCAUCUUCAUCUGCUCGUUAUCGUCCAUAUCCAAAUCAAUCACGUCAUAGUACCUCAUCUUCCGAUCCUAGAGGUAUUAGGGAAUAUGUAGAUUUAGAUGCUCCAAUGGAUCAUGUCCCAGAAAUUGAUUACAGAUCAGCAUUAAAAGAAUAUCAAAAUAAAAAAAGUUUAUAA